UCGCUGAAUUUGUAUCUUUCGAGAACCAAUCAGGUGUUAUUUCUGUAACUUUGGAUGGUGUUCAGAGAAUGAGUUUGUUAGUUCCUGGAAAGAUACCUUACGAGGUAUACGAAGCUCUAAGGAAGCGACAGUUAUCCUUUAUGUACGAGCCCUCAUCUGCUGACGUUGUUUGCGGGGCAGGAGAUAAAAAUGUUUUUCAAGAACCUACAGCUUCGCUGCCAAGCAAUGGUGGGAAGCGCUAUUCCAAAUCUAGAUCUAGUUCUUCACCUGCCGAAAACUAUAUAACACUACAAAUUUCUGAAUUUAUCGAUGCUGCUCAUUUUUGGGCACAUACUCAGAAAAGUAUGAGUUACCUGUCGGUAAUCAUUGACAUAUUAAAUGGUGACGAAUUGUGCCCUAUAACUACAUCAGAAAACUUACCCGAAAACAUAGAAUUAAAUCUAGACCAGUUCUAUGCCACCCGGUAUAAUAAAGAUAACUUGUUUUAUCGAUGCAAGGUAAUUGCAUACGAAAACGAUUGGGCUCUGGUAAUUUUCAUAGACUACGGUAACACGCAGCAAGUUACGCUACAAGAAAUUUACUACCUUCCUCACAUAUUUGAAUGCAACCUGCCUCCAUUAUCCAUGGAAUGCAUACUUCAGGGCAUCCGACCAUCUCCGAAAUGUAACCCGGCUGGAAUUUGGUCCGAAAGGAUCAGCAAUAUUUGUAAAAGACAGAUUAAUGGUGUUCUAUUAUAUGGGAAGAUCCAUUCAGUUGUUGAAGAUGUAGUUUACUUGGAGGUGUACAUAAAAAAGCCUCGUGGCCGGAAUGCCAAAUCUGUAAAUGAUUUUUUGAUAGAAAAAGGCUAUGCAGAACCCACGGAAGAAUAUGAAAAUAUGAAAAUGUUUGUUGAAGCUACGGUCGACCUUGGGGAGCUAGAUAUAGCUGAAAACUACAUAGGGUCCUCAUUGCGGGGUCCUUUCAGCCCUCUUGAAAUUAAAUUUCAUGGUUGCACCAAAAGCUUCCAUAAUAAAAUUGUCAAUUUGGAUAGUAAUUCUGUGAACACAAUUUUGCUCAAUAAUGAACCGGAAUCUUGUCAAACGAGGAUGCUGGCAGCCGCUAUUGUUACCGGGGUGGAGUGUAAUGGUUUGAAGCUCAAUCAGACCACACUUCUUCCUAAUAUCCCUGGCCUUCCCAUGAUCGUCACCCUCAUGUUCUGCCCUCAAAUGACAUUAAAAUUGAAUCAAGAUGGGACCAAAGUUGUUGCAAUCUUAUGCGGCUUUGGCUGCUGCGAAGCGACUGCUCAAUCUUCUUAUCCCGUCAGUGAUUUGACGUUGGCUUUGGAUACUGUGUUAGCUGAGGUGGAAAUUAAAAAGAUUAACAAGAUACGUUUUCACAUGAACGAAGCCAUGACCUUCAUGAGAGAUAUUUCGGAGGAACUGGCCACGGACCAUGAAAUUAUACGCAUCCAAAAUUGCAUUAAAACAGAGUUAAAAGAGUUGGUCAAUAUGCAGAGACUGGUGACCUCGAGAGAUGUCUGGAGCGAGAAUCAAAUCGCGGUAGAAAUCCUCGAGCCCGAUUUGUGUGGUGAUCCCGAAGAUAUUUGGCCUUUGUUGCAGUUUGUCCGGUUGAAUAAAUCCCAGGAUUUGAGCGGUAACAUAGCAAAGAAUCUCGAUGAUCUGGACCGAGCCGCUCGAGGUGAUGAGUCUACUGAAGGAUUGGAAUGCAAGUUGUGUCAGAAUCCUUUGGGAACGAGACGUGAGGUUAACAGACAUUUGAAGUCAGAACUGCACCAAAAAAAUGUCACAGAGUACUAUGAGAAAAAAUUUCAACUCUAAGCUCUUUUUGUAAAAAAUGUGUUUUGCUCUCUCCCUGUUAGUCGUUUUAUACUUUUAUAUGUUUGA